UCGCGCGGAGGCCCUUGAGCACGCCCAUUGGCUGACCUUGGAGGCGCGGCUAGAAAACCGACCAAUCAAGAGGUCCUUCCCGGAUUCCCCAGCCUCUCCAAGGCUCCUCUCUUUUUCCCAUCUCCUGUUCCCCCCUGCCCCGCCCCCCAGCAACGCUGGGGUUUGAAUCCCGCCUCUGAUGCUUCCUGCUGCAUGACCCCUGUGCCUCAGUUAACUCAUCUGUAAAAUGAAAGUAAUGCCAGCAAAUGAGAUAGCGUGUGUAAUGGUCAUCUACUGCCGUCACCACCAUCAUCACUGUUCUCUCCCUUCGCUUCCAAUCGGCUGCGGGAAUCUUUCUCCCAGGCUUUCCCCUCUACUCUCCAGAAGGACCUUUGGAGUUGCCAGGAGGCAAGCUUAGAGCAUUUAUUAAGCUCUUACUGUAUGCCAGACACUGUGCUAAGCGCUGAGGAUACAAGAAGAAACAAGAAACUGCCCCUGCCCUCAAGGAUCUUACAUUCUAAUUGAGGAAGAUAAAACGUUUAAGGGUAGAUUUGGAGAGGAAGGUUAGUAGGGGCCAGCAUUGGGGGAGGAGUGGAAGGUCCCGGGAUCCAGAAGGUAGACAAGUCUGGAGAGUGAGUUGGGCUGGAAGUGAAUUGAGCACGUUCGGGGGCUCCUCCUGACCUCCUCCUGAGCAAGGGAUCAGCUAUGCAGCCAAUCAGUCAACUGGCAUUUACGAGCACCUACCGUGUGCCAGGCCUUGUGCUGCGUGCUGGUGAUACAUGAAAGGCAAAAGACAGUCCCUGCCCUCGAGGAGCUCCCAGUCUGUCCGAGGAGAGAGGCCACCUGCAAACAACGGCGGACAAACAAGGCUGCAACACUGAGAGCUGGAAGGCAGUCCGUCUCGUCGGUCCUUUUUCCUUCCUACUAUAUAUAAGACUCUGCCCUUAGACGAGAGGAUGGCCCCUGUGCUCCUGACAGCCAGGACCCGCCAGGAGUUGGUGACGUUCCAGGACGUGGCCGUGGAUUUCUCCUGGGAGGAGUGGGGGCAGCUUGGCCCCGCCCAGAAGGAGCUGUACCGGGAGGUGAUGCUGGAGAACUACGGGCACCUGGUCUGCCUGGGACUUGAGGAUUCAAAACCAGAUGUGAUUGAGCAGCUGGAGCAGCAGGGAGCACCUGGGAUGCAAGAAGGAUCUGCCCUGGCAAGCACCUGUCCAGAUUGGGAGAACAGACCCAAAACCAAGGAGUCAAUUCCAAAGCUGGGCAUUUCUAUGGAAGAGUCAUUCCAAGAAAGUUUCAAAAGGGAUGGUACCUGUGUCUCCAAGUUCGUAGAAUGUGAGGCUGGGUUAGAAAGAUGGCAGAGCUAUGAGAAGAAACGUUCUAAGCAAGUAAAAACUUUCCAAAGGAAAAUUUCCAAUAAAUUGAAGCACCACAAAUGUCAGAAAUAUGACAGAAUCUUUGGUCUAGAGUCAACCUUUGUUUCCCAACCAAAACUAUAUGUUGGAAAGAGUUUCCACCAAUACAAUAAACAUAGAAAGAUUUUCAGAUUGUUUUCUGACUCAGACAAGUAUAAUAAAAUCUCUUUGAAGAAUACGUUUUCCAAAUUUGAUGAAUGUGAGAAAUCCUUCAGUUAUAAUUCAGACUUUUUAAAACGUCGUAGAAUAAAUACUCAGGAGAAACCUCGUGAAUAUAAUGAAGGUAGAAAAACUUAUCAGAGCUCAUCCAUUAUUUCUGUCCCAACAAUCAAUACUGGAGAGAAAUCCCAUAAAUGUAAUGAAUGUGGAAUGUCUUUCUUCAGUAGCCUACAACUAAUUGAACAUUGGAGCAUUCAUAUGGGAGAGAAACCUUAUCAAUGUAAUGAAUGUGGAAAGGUGUUUCGCUGGAGUUCAGGACUUACUGAACAUCAGAGAAUUCAUACUGGAGAAAAACCUUAUGAAUGUACUGAAUGUGGGAAGACUUUCAGUCAUAGGUCAUCCCUUACUUCCCAUUACAGGAUUCAUAGUGGGCAAAAAACUUAUGAAUGUAAUGAAUGUGGCAAGGCCUUCUACUGGACCUCAGAACUUACCAAACAUCAGAGAAUUCACACUGGAGAGAAACCUUAUGAAUGCAGCGAAUGUGGUAAAGCUUUCCAUCAGAGCAUACAUCUUACUCAACAUCAGAGAACUCAUACUGGAGAGAAACCUUAUGAAUGUAACGAAUGUGGGAAGGCCUUUGGCCGAAUUGCACUCCUUACUGAACAUAAGAGAAUUCACACAGGAGAGAAACCCUAUGAAUGUAAUGAGUGUGGGAUGGCCUUCCGGUGGAAUUCAGGACUAACUGAACAUCAGAGAGUUCAUAGUGGAGAGAAACCUUAUGAAUGUAAUCAAUGUGGGAAGACUUUCAGUCGUAGAUCAUCCCUUACUUCCCAUCACAGGAUUCAUAGUGGGAAGAAACCUUAUGAAUGUAAUAAAUGUGGCAAGGCCUUCUAUUGGAUGUCAAAACUUACUAAGCAUCAGAGAAUUCAUACAGGAGAAAAGCCUUAUGUAUGCAAUGAAUGUGGGAAGACCUUUAACCGAAGCACACAUCUUACUCAACAUCUGGGAAUUCAUACUGGUGAAAAACCUUUUGAAUGCAGUGAGUGUGGGAAGGCUUUCAACCGCAGCAUACAUUUUACUCAACAUCAGAGAAUUCACACUGGAGAAAAACCUUACGAAUGUAAUAAGUGUGGAAAAGCCUUCUGCCAGAGCUCAGGACUUACUAGACAUCAGAAAAUUCAUACUAGAGAGAAACAUUAGGUUAUAAUGACUGCAGGAAGGCUUUCUGCCACAAUAAAAAAAAAAAAAACUUCCUGAUCAUCAGAGAAUUAAUUAACUAUUAAUUGGAGAAGACUUACAAAUGUGAUAAAUGUGGACAGCUUCUCCAUAAGCUAUCCCUUACUUCCAGUAGAUGAUUAUAUGAGAACUUAUAAGUGUAUUGAAAGUGGGAAGGUCUUCCAUGGGAGCACAGAGUUCAGUAUACAUUGCAGAAUUAAUAGUGGAGAGAAUUAACGAAUGUCAGAAGCCUUUCAUACGUUUUAUUGCUCAUCAGAAACUUCAUACUGGAGAGAAAUUUUAUAUAAUAAAUGUGGGAAAAUUUUCACCUGAAUCAAAAGUCUUUCAAAAGUCUUACUCAAUAUCAGAAUUCAUAUUGAGCAAUAUUUUAUGAAAAUUAAGCCUUCUCUAAGUGAAGCACAGUUUCAUCUGAUUAUCUGAUAGCUCUUCCAAACAUUUUCCUCUCAAGUCUCCAAACCCAAAGCCUCCCUUUUCCAAAGCCACAGCUAACAAUAGAUAAUGAUUUUUUUGAUAAGCAAAAAUUGUCAUCUUCCAGAUAUUUUAUCCUUUAGUUAAUCACUUAGCAUUUAUUAAGUGUGUACUAUAUGCCAGGCACUAUUAUACUAAGUGCUGUGGAUACAAAG